AUGUCGGAAUCGAUGUCAGAUGCUGAUAAGAUUCGCAAUAAGAGGUUAGCAAAAUUGGGAGGACCAUCAACAUCAACAACGUCAUCAACUUCUUCACCGAUAGAGUCGAGCUCCCCACAACGACCAUCGCCGGAUUUGUCAUCGCAACAACAACAACUUUCACAACCAGAGAUAUCGCAAGACCAAAGCGAUGCUAGAUCGAGCGAGUCUGUACAAGGCAAGAGGAUAAAGAUUACACCAUCCUCAGCAACUCCCAAUGUUCCGUCGCCAUCGGCGUCGCCAGCGCCACCUAAACAGCGCGCUGCCCCCAAAGCGGAGGAGUCCCUCGAGACAUUUGAAGAUAGGACAUUACGCGCAUUAUUCAACAUCACUCUGGACGAGAACCAGCAGAAGAAUAUACACGGCAACAAAUUGACUUUCUUACCUGGAGUACUUGGCGAACUCAAGGAUGAAGGAUCCGAAAUUAGAUUAUCUACCGGUGUCUUGGAUCAGGCGAUUUUGGAAGCUGCGUCGAACACGGGUCGAGAUACACCCUUGGAUUAUCUGUUACCGUGUUGGAAGCGUGUGCGACGAUUAAUCAAAGGGUUUCGGAAGUCGUCCGACAAUGACCCUAGAUUUGCAGUGAUCAGUGAGGCCAAACGACUGUGCAUAAGUUAUUGUGUUUUUGCAGUGACUAUGCCGGAGAUGUUUGGUCAAACGCCAACCGGUCGCUCACCUUUAAUUCCAAACCUCCUUCUUGAUGCGGAAGAUGAUCGCGGCGUGGAUCUUGACUUUCUUUCUGAAGUGGUGAAGCUGUUUGAAGAACAGGAUGAUUUGAAGCCGACGAUUGUUUCGACGGUGGAACAGAUGAGUCAGGAACUCUCUGCGAAGACUAUGAAUGAUGAUUAUAAGCCAUAUGUGACGGCUUUGAGGAACCUCGUUCAUAAUGCUGUUAUCGGAGCUACCAUAGCCGAGUCUCCGCGAUUCCUGGACGUUGCAGAUGCUGCGUCCUUUGAGGUGAAUACACUACUUGGACCUUGGUUUCGUUUGUCGCCGCUUCAAGCACCUGUUACGACUACUUAUUUCUCCAGUCCCAAGACACGGGAUCAGGGAUUUAUUUUGAACUCGCAGCGAUCUCUUCGAAUGACUCAGCAAUUGCUCAGCUCUGAUCUUUUAGACAUCAUCAAUCAUUUAAUUCGUGCGUCGAAAGAGGCUAGAGAGAAGGUACUUGAUUGGUUUGCGGCGGCCAUCAACUUGAAUCACAAGCGGAGAGCCAUACAGGUUGAUCCCAAAACGGUGUCAUCCGAUGGAUUCAUGUUCAAUAUCACUACUUGUCUAGACCAGCUCUGUGAGCCGUUUAUGGAUGCAGCGUUUACCAAGAUCGAUCGUAUCGAUGCGCACUAUCUUCAUCGUAAUCCUCGUGUUCAGAUGCGUGAUGAAACCAAGAUCAAUGCGGACCAGCGUACAUCUGACGAGUUUUAUGCCCAAAAAGUGGACGGCACCUCCAACUUCAUUUCCGAAAUUUUCUUUCUUACCGUCGCAGCGCAUCAUUAUGGCAGCGAAUCACUGACUUCCAAGCUGGAACAACUGGAAAAGGAUCUCCGCCAUAUGGAAACGCAGAUCAAUAAGUUUGAGCUAGAGCGACACAAGUGGAUCCACAAUCCUAUUCAAUUGAGGACAUUUGAAGAGGCUCUUAAGAAGUACAAAGACCGGCUUGACCUUGGAUUUUCUCUCAAGUACAGUCUUCAAGGCGUACUAUUCGAUACUUUAUGGCAGACUCGGUCUAUGCAGUUCAUGAGAUAUGUCAUCGUAUGGAUUCUCCGUCUCGUUUCUGGAACGGACUUUCCCAAACAGAAACUUACGUUGCCUCUACCCGAAGAACCUCGAGAAAUUUUCAAGUGUCUUCCCGAGUAUUUCAUUGACGAUAUCGUGAGCAAUUUCAAGUUCAUAAUGUGGUCUAUGCCGCAGAUUAUCACCACGGCGCAAGGUGACGAGCUUGUGAUGCUGUGCAUCGCAUUCCUUGAAAGCUCGCAAUACAUCAAAAACCCAUAUCUCAAAGCUGGUCUUAUCUCUAUACUAUUUCGAGGAACUUGGCCUCGACCUGGAGGAGCUAGAGGUAUUCUUGUGGAUUUGCUCAAUUCAUUGCCCUUUGCAAAUGAGUAUCUCCUUCACGCUGUGAUGAAAUUCUACAUUGAAGUUGAACAUACCGGAACUCAUACACAGUUUUUUGACAAGUUCAAUAUUCGAUAUGAGAUUUUCCAAAUCAUCAAGUGCAUCUGGGGAAAUCCUGCUUAUCGGAACCAACUCUCCGACCAAGCGAAUGAGAAUCUUGACUUCUUUGUCCGGUUCGUUAAUCUUCUUCUGAAUGACGUGACAUUCGUUCUUGAUGAAGCAUUCACUGCAUUUAUCACAAUCCACGAUACGCAAGAGCUCCUGAACCGAGAGGGAAAUACCAUGGAGCAGGCAGUACGCCAAGAAAAAGAAGAAGCCUUAUCUGCGGCUCAACGUCAAGCCAAAUCCUACAUGCAACUCACCAACGAAACGGUGGCUAUGCUGAAACUCUUCACGGAAGCACUAGCAGAUUCAUUCACCAUGCCUGAAAUCGUACAGCGAUUAGCAGACAUGUUGGACUACAACCUGGAUGCGAUGGUGGGGCCGAAGAGCUCCAAUCUGCAUGUUGGAAAUUUGCAGGAAUACGGAUUCAAUCCUCGAGGACUUCUGAGUGAAAUCAUCGAUGUGUAUAUUAACUUGAUGAACAAGGAGAAUUUCAUUGUUGCGGUGGCUCGCGAUGGACGAUCGUAUAAGCCGCAGAAUUUCGAGAAAGCGGCUGAAAUCAUCCGCAAGCGCGGAUUAAAGUCAGAAGAGGAGCUAGCUAAAUUGAUCGAAUUGUCGAAACGGAUCAAACAAGCCAAGGAGGCGGAUGAGCAGGCCGAAGAAGAUUUGGGAGAGAUUCCGGAUGAAUUUCUUGAUCCCCUUAUUUACACCCUCAUGGAAGACCCGGUCAUCCUACCCAAUUCAAAAGUCACGAUUGAUCGCGCCACGAUUCGGUCGCACUUGCUGAGCGAUCCACAUGAUCCCUUCAACCGAGCGCCGUUGAAAAUUGAGGAUGUUAUACCCAGUAAGUCCCCCACACCCCCACAACCCCUGUAGAGAAGCAAAGUGUCAUUCUCUAACCUAUUUGCUAGAUACGGACCUGAAAAAGCAAAUCGCGGAUUUCAAAGAGGAACGCAAAGCUGCAAAGUUACAGUCACUGAAACAGGAUGUUAUGGAUACAUCGGCGUGAUGAUUUUACAUUGCAUUUUUUGAUGAAUUAGUUUACAUAUGUAUUAGCAUUUUCAUCAUUGAAUUGUUUUGCACAUGAGUGCGAGAUGAAGCACUUGGUAUCCAACGUUCCAGAUAUGACUCUUGAAUUGCGUUGGAUGUUAUAGAGAGAUAUCUAGGUUUUCAUGAAUGGUGUAUAGAUCUAGAUACUGUUAUACCUACAGUCUAGUACCUAGGUGACUAUACGUACCAGAUUUCCUUUGCCGAAUGGGGGUUUCC